GACAUCUACAUCGCGAUGGACGUCACGUCUUCCACCUCCAGCAUAUUCAACCUUGUCGCCAUAUCUAUUGAUAGGUACAUAGCAGUGACACAGCCAAUCAAAUACGCGAAGCAUAAAAACAACUGCCGAGUAUGGUUCACCAUCGUUCUUGUAUGGUUAAUCUCCGCAGCCAUCGGUGCCCCCAUAGUCUUAGGCCUCAACGACACCCCAGAUAGGAAUUACGACGAAUGCCUCUUCAACAGUCAAAACUACGUCAUCUAUUCCUCCCUGGGCUCUUUCUACAUACCCUGCAUCAUGAUGAUGUUUCUCUAUUAUAAUAUUUUUAAGGCUUUGAGGCUGAGAGCGAAGAAGCAGCGAGAAGCGAAGAGGCCACCGGUGUCGGAGAUGACGACAGGGGUGCCAACAGCAGUAGUGAUAGAGAAUGUAGCGCAGACCAGACAGUUGGCAGAGACCGUGCUUCACGAUGACCGGCCCACCAAUACUGGCUCGGGGAGCAAUGAGGACGACCAUGAAGACAGCUUCGACAAAUCAGCGUUAGAAGCAGACGUCGAUGACUGUCAUGUGAUACCUAACGACAAAUCAACAGAAUUCAUGCUGGCUACAGUCAAGGAAGAACGUGAUGGCACUCCACAUAGAAAAGCUAAGCCAACAUCGGUCCCUGAUCCCAACGGCAACAACGACUCAGGGUACGCACCUUCGAACCUUGAAGAUACUAUCAGGGAACACGUCUCGCCUCCUGGGUCACCCGGUAUGAAGGAUGCCACAGUCCUCAAGAAUAUGGGCUGCGAUGGAGCUAGGUGGAAGAAAAAUGGGAAGGAACCUAAGAAUGUUUCACUGACCGUCCAAGUUGAUGAGGAGAAUAAAGUAAGUUCGUUAGACCUUCGGGAUGCAGAAGGUUCAAAGAAGGAGAGGAAAGCCAGUUCUGCAACUGCAAGGUUCACGAUAUACAAGGCUAAUAAAGCGAGUAAGAAGAAAAGAGAGAAGUCUUCCGCCAAGAAGGAGCGUAAGGCUACCAAAACGUUGGCUAUAGUUUUAGGUGUAUUCCUGUUCUGCUGGACGCCCUUCUUUACGUUCAACGUGAUCGACGCUCUGUCCGUCAAGUUCGACCUGCCCUUCUCACCAGGAGUGACUGCCUUUAUCCUCACCACCUGGCUGGGCUACAUCAACUCCUUUCUCAAUCCCGUCAUCUACACCAUCUUCAACCCUGAGUUCAGGAAAGCUUUCAGGAAGAUACUCAAAUGUGGUACUUAGCCCUAGAAUUAUUUGGUCGUCUUUACUGAAUAGAUCUCUUUGCUGGUAGCUAUUUGUAUCUCGGAUAGGAUUGGGGUUGGAUUUUAGCG